AUGGAGAGAUGUUCAUUAGACAGCUCCAGCAGGGCUGGUCCAUCCAAAACACCACGCAAAACUCGCUCUCGCUCACAGAGUCUUGCUGCGCUUCAAGAUGUCACCCCUCAGCCAAAACAGCCAUACAAAAUCCCAGAAGCACCACCUCCCGUCCUUCGCAAGAUUCCCCGACCUCCCAAUGCAUUCAUCCUUUACAGAUCCAAUAAGAUGCGCGAGCUCAUGAAAGAAUCCCAAUCGCAAACCGGAACCGGUCUCAGCAAGCUUGACUAUCAACGACAGCUCAGUAAGCGCAUUGGUGAGCUUUGGCGCAACGAAGACCCCGAUGUUAAAGCAGAAUUCUACGACAAGUCUCAGCAAGCGGCAAGGGAGCAUGCUGAGAGGUAUCCCGAGUACCGCUACAAGCCAAAGCCUCUGUCCAAGAAGGCGCAGGAGGAGGAGCCACUGCCAAGCGGUGUGCAGGAGACAACACCCGAAAGACGAGCAGACACGGAUUUCGCACCGGGCAACCUGAGCGGCCCCAUCUCUGGAACUGGCUCAGGAAGUGGACGCAAAAGGGCAUCGCUAGAAGGCGCCAGGGCGAAAGCUUCGCCUUACUCGGCAGCGAGUCGACAUCGUCGUACGUCGUCAAGCGGUCCCACAUCUCCUUCCAUUCGUCAAGCGUUCAAUAACCAUGCAGGUCAAACAAUGCCUGUUCUUCUCUACUCUGCAUCAGACACUCGCCCAUAUCAUAACGGCACAGCUCCAAUGCAGCGCUCCGUCUCACAAAAGUAUACCCACGAACGCAAAGCAAAGAUUGCAGCUCGAAGAUCUCUUGACGGUCAAAUGCCUUGUGCCUCUAGCUCAAAUGACGGAUUCGAUACUCUCGUGCCGCAAUACCUAAGAGAUCUGUCGCAUGUCUUCCUCGCUCCUGCUGCACUACCUCCCCUUCCCAUCGGACAGGCGAUCACGACCGACGAUACGGCAUCAAGGGGUGAUGAGACUCAGCAAACACGCCCUCACAAGCCCAAAAUGAGCCUGGGUCAGGCUGUCAAGCAGGCCCUUCCACCCGAGCGACGCGCAUUGCUUCAAGCUUCGUUGAUCAAGAAGGGACUUGUACCGACAAGUGAAACGCACCAAGACCAGAGACAAGAGGUCCCCGAACCAGUCGAGACAAUUGCGAAUCAGACGCAGUCAGGAUGGCACUCAGCCUUCGAACAGAGCUCGUCACAGUCCUCCUUCCUGCCAACACAAGAAUCCGCCACCACCUUCAACUCGACCCAAACCACCUACUCCGACUCCCAGCAUUAUGCUCAUCCUCAGCUAUCGUCAGAAUUGGAUCCAGCGAACCAAGCAAGUCUGAACAUCAACAUGUCCCAGAUCCAAGCAGAAAGGUACGGCGGGCUUGCCGAUUGGACUCAACCUGACCCUUGCUGGUUGGACACUUCCUUCUCCCAAGCUACUGAUGGAUCGCUUAGCUCUGCAGCUCAGCCACUCACUCAAAGUGACUACUCUGGGCUUGAACAAACGCAGAUCGGCUGUGCUACAGCUCACUUUGGGACACUCGACAAUUUCACGACAUUCGAAAUGGGGCAGUAUGCUCACCCGUCCCUCGACUUUCCCGUCACAACGGCGAAUUCCGCGAUUGUGGCAUUGUCCGAUCCGAACGAUGCAGGACAGAUUCAAGGUCAUUUCUAUGGGCUGAACGGAGAGUUCAUCGCGCAAGGAAUCACAGCUGGGUUUCAAAUCGGGCAAAGGGAAGUGGCGUCGUACGUGGAGGAGGAGCAAAGACAGCAGAGGGCCGUUGAAGAGCUGCUGCUACAAAUGAUGCAGGCUCCUGCUCGUGCAGAUGGAGGUUCAGGCGGAGCAGCAGAGUCAGCCUAUUCGGUUUAUCCAGACUACAAUCUCCCCGUUCAGCAAGAGCAGGCCCAGGGGCCGUCAUUACAAUGGCAGCAGCAUUGGCAUCCAAGAGUGUACGCUCAGCCGCAAGUUGACACGCAGCAGUCUGUGCCGCCGACAAACGAAAUGGUAACGUAUACUGACUACAUCCAGCAGCAGCCGAGCUAUGGUGAUAUCGAACCCACCCUAUCCCCCUCUCAGAUCUUUGGCGACAGUCAGAACUGGAUCGAGACACACCAGUCUGGUCGUUUAGCGUUGUCGGAUCCGACAGGCGCCAACCUUAACUUCAGCCGACCACUGGGCCAUGUAGUGCCCUCACAACAGCCCGGCGAGCAACACGUUGGCAGUGGCGAAGGAGCGGAACCAUUUGGGCAUUGUCUGAGCUUGGCCACUGCUGGACUCGUCAACCCCCACAGCCUUCACGAAGCUCUGCCUCAGGAAGAGCAGGAAGCAGAACGAACCGAGCCGAGAGAAGAGGAGGCAGAGGCUCAAUGCAAGGCAACGAAAGGCCUGAGAAGCUGGAAGACUCAUCAGCUGUCGUCGAUCAAAGAGAAGCUAGCCAAGAUUAAGUAUCGAAACCCUCAGUCCAAUGCUCAGGCAGCUCAAGGCGAAGGAGAGGAUGGGUUACGGGUCAAGAGGGAGCGUUGA